ACAUGUGAUGCUCAAAGAAAUAAAUACACAAUAUUCAGAUCAUUCGAUUCAUACAAAGGGGAAAAUGGCUGGUACUCUGUAUAAUGGCCGGAUUGCUUCAAAAUGCACACUUAUUUUGUCCUUGUUCAUCAUUGAUUCUAGAGGAGCAUACCCUCUUUCUGGAUAUGAAGUCUCACAAAGCAGUGUUCCCUUUCCACAAAACGGACCUAACAUCCCCCUUGAUGAUGAUGACGUAACAUGUGCUGUGACAAAUAAGGGCACAGGAGAGUACUGGAAAAUACAGUUUAACCAGUCCCUGACUAUUGCCGGUGUCUAUCUUCGGCUAAAAGGAGGUAAUCACACAGUAGAAGUACAAAAUGCUUUGGACACUUCCGCUCCACAAGUUUGUGGUUAUAAACACCUACCCUUUGAAUUUACUACAAGCAAUGUUUAUAUCACCUGUAUCUCAGACUUACACGGAGAUGUUAUUAUCGUUAACAAGACAAGUUUUGGAACGUUGACACUGUGUGACUUUAAACUUAAAGUGUGUGAGUCAAACAACCUUGGUAUUCCCUGUACAAAGUGUACUCCGUCCAGCAGCUGUAAAUCUUGUGACGGACCACAUUACGGGGUCUGGUGUGAAUAUCAGUGUUCUCCCGGAUGUGUACCUGGAUCAUGUGAUGAGCUAACUGGAGAGUGUUCGAGAUGUAAAGAUGGGUUCCAUGGGAACCAAUGCCAAUUAUCUAAAUAUUGUACAUGCAGGAAUUGUUCCUCAGCAUGCUCUGAGUGUAACAUUCUGACUCAGCAAUGUACUAGAUGUCAGCAGUCCAGAUAUGGUCAAUUUUGUCAGCAUGAGUGUCAUCCUAACUGUGAUAUAUGUGAUAUAAUCAACGGGACUUGUCUGAGAUGUAAAGACGGUCAUUUUGGAGAAAAUUGUUCAGAUAGCAAUGGCCAUCUUUUCACAGACAAAUUGAGAACGGAUGUAGGAAAAAUACUCUUUUGGGUGUUGUUUCCUAUUGGAUUUAUCAUCGUAUUAGCGACACCCUUCCUUCUGAAAAAAUUUUGUAGACGUUUUUUAUGGGCUAAAUCAUUUUCAUUCUUCAAACAUACAAGAACAUCAGCCUUAAAUCUAUCCGAACAGGCAAUGAUGACACGGAACACUUUAAACAGCAGCCGCGUAAUACUAGAACCCGAGGGGAAUAGCCACUACUUAGACGAUCCCUACGAUGGUGUAGUACAGGUCGUGGUGACAUUCAGUAACAUCAAAACUAAGAGCUUGUCCAUAGAUCAGUUUGUCAAAGACACCCACCAAAAGAUGACGGCUAAUGAAUUCCGGUCAGAGUUCAAGAUUCUACCGAAUGGCCUUAUGAAUUUGCACACAGAAGCUUUGAAAAUGGAAAAUAGUACGAAAAACAGAUUCAAAAAGAUAUAUCCCUAUGAUGCAAACAGAGUAAUACUGGAACCUAUUGGAAGUCUUUUUCCUGGGAAUUACAUCAAUGCCAGUUAUGUUAAUGGAGUUUACAAGGAAAACGCCUACAUUGCAGCACAAGGACCUUUUACUCCACAGACCAUUGUCGAUUUCUGGAGAAUGGUCUGGCAAACGCAGAGCAAGAGAAUUGUAAUGCUUACACGAUUAACAGAAGGAAAUGCGGAAAAAUGUAUGCAAUAUUGGCCAGGAAACGCAGGGGAAUUUGGACCUUUCUCAAUAAUUGUCCAAAAGGAAGAUAGCAUGGAUAAAUUUACAAUACGAAAAUUUAUUGUUAGAAUGGGGGAAGAGACCAGGCGGGUGACACAGUACCAGUUUACAGUCUGGCCUGAUACAAAAGUCCCACAUAACCUUGAGGCGCUUCUUUGUUUUCGAAACAUCUCUAAAAAUUCAAUAAGUCCCAACGAAGGACCAAUAAUUGUACAUGGAAGUGCGGGUAUUGGUCGCACUGGGUCAUUUAUCGCCCUGGACUACCUCCUAGAGAAGGGUUUCAAGGAGGGAAGUGUUGACGUCAAGAACUGCGUCAUCAACCUGAGACAACAAAGAGCUUUCUCCAUACAGUCCGUUGACCAGUAUAUUUUCCUGCAUGAUGCUCUGGUGGAAGGUUUGACAAAUCUGACAUUAAAUUGUGCGCUUCAUGUGGUGGAUGAAAUGUGAUUUAGGUACUUUGAAACCCUAGUAAAAUCUACCUUUGUAUGAAGUUAAACAUUGUAUAACAAUUGCUUAAAAAUGUGCUGUUUAUCUUGUUAUUCAGAUUUGAUGAAGUAUAUUAAAUUAUCAAGUAACUCUUUGAUUAAAAGAGCGAUUGUGCAUAAGAGUUGAAUUAAAUUAUUUAUAAGUUAGGGGACAUAUGAUGCUUUAAAAAUAUAUUAAAGAAAGUGGAAAACAAAUUGAACCGAUUUUACAGAUGCUAAAAUACAUAUCAUAAGCAAGAUUUUCCAUCAAACCAACCUUUUACAUUUUUUUUCUUUUAUGUAACGGUUUAUAUAAUAUUGAUAUUAUUUGCAAAAUCAUUUUUAAAAUGGAAUAACAAUACAG